CACAAACGCACGCGCGCUCCGGCGAUCAUUCAUCCAUGGCAACCCUUUUGGAGCUCGCCGUGCUCGGACCCAACAAGCUGCUCAUCUUCUCGGAGGUCGCGGCCGCGCCGCAGCAGCCGGCGGCCGUCACGCUCCGCCUGGUCGUCCAGCGGGCCUACCGCUCCUGCGGCGACGUCGACACCAUGGAGGACGUGUCCUGCCGCGUGCCGCUCCGCGAGCUGGUGGAGGCGGCGGAGGGGGCGUUCGGGGAGCUGGUGGAAGGUCUGGAGGAGAAGCACCCGACGCUGCGGGCGGAGGUCGUCGAGGCGGAGGUCGCCAAGGCGGCGGCGGAGCGCGUGCGGGCGCGGUGCGAGGGGCGCGCGGAGGAGGAGGUCGCCGGCAUCGAGCUCCGGGCGCACGUCGUGUUCGUGGCGGUGGCGCGCGACGUGCCGGCGGGGGAGGAGGAGGAGGACGAGAGCGGGAGCGACAUGGAUUUCAGCGACGUGUGCGGCGGCGACACGGGAGGUGACUGGGGCUGGGGCGACGACGACGCCUUCCUCAGCGAUGACGACGAGGAGGACGGCGGCGGCGGCGGAGCAGCGCAAUUCACGGCGCGCCCGUACCACGGCGCCCUGCUGCGGGAGGGCGGGCCGAGCGACGGCACGCUGCUGCUGUCGGGCUUCGUGACGCGCUCCGACGGCCCUGAGGUGGACGACCAGCUCGAGCUGACGCCGCGGGACAUCUGCCGCCUGGUGCGCAUGGCGCUCAAGGGCGAGGACAUCGAGCGCGACGAGGCCUACCAGCGGGGGAUGGACGCCUGCGCCUCCGCGCCCGUGUCGCCGGAGUCGCUCUCGGCGAUGCUCGACGAGGCGCUGCAAUCCGUGGGCCGUCAGCAGCAGCAGCAGAACGAGCCGCGAGACGGCGUGGUUCGCCGGAUGCGCACCGGGUUCUGACGCCGACGUGUGAUCCAGUGCAGCGUGCAGAAGGGAUGAAGAGCGACGCGCAACGCCAUUGUCCUUUUUUUUUUUCUGUUACUGUUCUGUGUUGUUUCGAACUUUCGAUGCUGUCUCCCACCUCCAUUUUAGCCUAUUCGUUUGAAAGAAUUUGCAAAGGAAAAUUAUAGAAAUAUAAAAUCAUGUAUUGUAUAUUGUAGCAACCUU